GGUGGAAGCUCUGCAGAGUACUGUCCUCAGCGUGGUAGAUUGCUGGCUCCAGAUGUCGAGAUCGGACAACCGAGACUUCGGCCGAGAAGACAGGCGUAUCAACAAUGACGAUCGAGGACGGUACGGAGGUCAUGACCAUGGACGCGAUCGAACUGGAGAUACACGACGAUAUCGGCCAAACGAAGUUGGUGAUUCGGGGCAUCAAGAUCGGGAGAGGGAUCCGCCGCGGCGUUUGGUCCCUGUCUGUUACGAAUGCGGCGAACCAGGGCACUACCGCAACCAGUGCCCACGCAUUGUGGGUGAAGGCAUCUCCAGAUUGGGCACGCAGCGGGGCCGAUCCUUGUCACCUAGACCGUUUGGACGACAUAUGGAGGCAGCGGGCAGCCUCAGAGGACCCGGCUCUACGCAGCCAGGUUAACGAACUUGCCAGCUCGAUCGCUAUGAUGAAAAGGAUUUUCGAAGCCGAGAAAGCCAAGAAAGCGGAGAAAGCAAAGCGUAAGCAGGAGAAAUUGGAACUUAAGAAGCGUGAAAAGGAGGAACGACAAGCUGCGGAGGAAGCCAGACAAGCCGCUACCCGUAAGGCGAUGAAGGAAGAAGAGAAACUACGCAAGGACGCCGAAGACCGAGAACGGAUGAGGAAGGAGAUGCGUAUGAAAAUCUCAAUGCAUAUAGGAAACUUGAAGGAUGAAUUGCAUGGAGUCUUUGAGCGUCAUUCCAAGGAGAGCGCGAAGGGGAAAAAGAUAAAGAAAAUUGAAGCUGGCUCGUCGUCGGAAGAAGACCAUGAAUCAUAUGGAAGCGAUGUGGAUUCCCUCAGCAACAAGAUAGAACGCCUCGCUAUUACUGAGAAACGCAAAUGGUGUGCCGAUAAGCCAGUGGGGGAUAGUCCCCCUAUGGAAACUCCAGCCAAGAGAACAGCGAAGAGGCGUCUGCAACUGGGGUGUCGACAUCCCUCCAUGAAGAGGACUUCUCCGCUCAAGACUCCGACACGACGCACUGCGAGCAAGAAGAUACCAGCCGCGAAGGGAUAUAUAGGCAAACUAAAGUUCGUUACGGAGAACUUACGCGAACUCGGCGACCUCAACGUCGACGAGCUCGAACGCAUCUGCGUACUGGAAGAUGUCGCGUACGAAGGGAAGAAAAUGCAGGCUAUUUUAGCAAUUACCAAGAAGCAUACCGGGAAAGAGCCUAUGGAUCUAACGGCGAGGAGGAGCAAGAUGAACACGCUGUAGAGGCGGAUGAGGGCACCGGCCUAGAGGAAGAUGCGGACGAGGGACAUGGAGGCGCGGAGGUUUGAACAAUACCAAGAUUAUAAACUCUGUGCCAUUGCUUGAUUGAGUUCCGGAAGAAGAAUAUAUUGGAUGAGACGGCCGAGCUACUAUAUCGCCUAGUUGUUAUCACCCUUGCCCUGUCUAAUCAGAUCAGGUGGUUGAACAAGUGUGUGGAAUCCUGGGUGGCUUUGUAUAGGCGUCAUGGUAUUCGCUGCUUUACGGACGUC